AUGAUCAUGAGAACAGUGUUAGGUCAAGGAGGUCAAGCAGCUCUGUUUAUCCUACUUAACGCUGGUUUGUCUGGCCAGCAAAUUCCCUUAUCCAGUCAGCAUGAUGACGAGCAAGAUUUUCAGCGCUGUAGCAGCAAUUACCAAACUUAUCGUAACCUGGAAAAAGAGCGGAUGAUUGAGAAGACAUUCCGCAGGACAUCAUACUAUGAUUGGAACGAACUGCCAGAGGGUAUAAAGGUAACCAACUUUGACGACACUGUACAAGUAACAAUGACCUACAAGCCGGGGCGUGAGCCACAAAUGGUACUUGGACCGCUGAAAAGUGACGCACCCUAUCACCUUGAACAGUUUCACUUUCACUGGAGCAAUCACAAGGUUUAUCCAGCACAGCUGCAUCUGAUUAUGCGCAGCCUGAUGCAUAUAAAUUAUACGUUAGCCUUGGAUGAGGAUCAUGGAUUUGCAGUGCUCGCAUUUUACUUCAAUCCAACUGAGAGAGAUAACUCCGCUUACGCCGAGUUGACCCAGCGUAUUCAGCAAGUGCAGAAGCCAGGACAGUCAAGUGAUAUGCUUGAACUACUUCCCUUGCAGAGCUUUGUAUGCGACGAUCUGGAAAACUAUUACACCUAUGUGGAUGCUCUGACCAAUAAUUCACUGUGUGACAAACAAGUUGUAUGGGUGUACUACAAGAAGCCCAUUGAAAUUUCAUACUAUCAGCUGGAUAAUUUUCGUUUGUUGUCGGGAAAUAAUGCGAAUAAUAUUACUUACACUCAAGCCUUGCGCAAUCUCACUAUUUACAAGAAUGUUCCUUUGCCCCCAGAGAAUGCUACUCAACUGGAGAAUUCUACUACUGCACUUACGCCUUUUUUAUUUAUGAUCACCCUGCUGGUUGCUGCUGACUGUGGUAUGCCUUAAUAUAGAAAAGAUUUUCAAUUCUUUU